AUGAACAAGGAGAGAUUAAGCCCUCCUUUAAAUGUUUCACAGAGAUCAGAUAUGCUUCACGACAAUGAACACGUCGCAGAUAGGAUGCAUAUGGAUCUUGUGAUGAAAAACCACAACUUGAUACGGGAGCAGGAACGCCUGGAACUGUUACUUCAUCAACUUCAAGAGGAGUUGACAAUAAAGGGCAGUCGGCUAAAUGAACUGGUUUUAGAGAACAAGAAACUCAGCAACGAAUUACAGCACGAGAUUGAAAUAAAUGAAAAGGAAUUUAAUCGUUUCAAUGGGCUUAAGAAGACGUAUGAUUACAAAGUUAAACAGUUGUCGAAUCUGUUGAACAACCAAAAUAACCAAGAUCAUUCCCACAGUUUGACGGAAAAGUUUAAUGAUUCUGCAGCCAUUGAAGAACUCAGCAAACAGUUACAUGUUUUGGAAAAAGAUUACGAAUUGGAGAAGAGCUCCAAAGUUCUUAUCAUCGAUCAAUUUGAGUUAAUGAAACAAGAUUACACAGAGCUUCAUACAAAGUAUUCCAGGUUACAACAAAGCUAUGAAGAGUUGAUAGAAGAAAUGUCUUUUGAGGAUCUGGACAGUCACCCCGAACAAGAGUCAUCAAUACCAGAGACGCCGUCAAACUUGGAGCAGGAGUUUUUUGGCGGUGUAGAUUUGUCGUCCCAAGCAAGUAAACGACUUUCAAUAAAUUUUCUAAGCGGAAACUCCUCAUUAGUGGGUGAUGAAGAUCCUUCUAUAGAUGAGGAGGAGAAAAAGGUCAAUAUACAAGACAAUAAUCAUAACAAACAUGGACAUAGAAAUCCUUCACACAAUAAACUCAACGGUAAUAAUAACGCUACUCAUAUUUUGGAUAUGGAUCUAGAUGUAUACAGCAUGCAAAUGCGCAACCAAUCAUACCUUCACAAUCAGGAGCUGAUCAAAUUGGAAUUUGAACUUAAAUCAUUGCGGCUGCAGAACGAAAAAUUGUAUUCAUACAUAGGGUUUCUGUUGCAAAAAACUGCCAAUGAUAGCUUCAGCACUUUCAAACACGAAUUUGAGUAUGAGUAUUCGGAUGCAAUCAACAUAGAAAGCGCCAAACGAAAUUUGAGGCAGAUAAUGCGUAGUUCUAGCGCAAUGCCUAUACGUCCAGAAUUACAUCAAACAUCCAACAAUAGUGACGAGGAUGAUUAUGGAAAUGAGACUGUAGAGAAUAUCGAUCUAGAUUCAUUAACGACGGAUAUCAACAACGACAAAAAAAGAGGCUCACUCAAUCAAGACAGCAGAACAGACCGAUCGUUUUCUGUUGAUUUGACAAUACCCCCAUUGACAGUAAAGAAACGACAAAAAUCUACCCACAAACUCAAAGGAACAGAUACAAAUCGAUACGAGAUAAUACGAGAUAUCACAUCAUUAAAAUUGCAAAACAUAAGGAGGAGGAAGAGAGACAAAAAACUUAAGUCAUUACAUUUGAAACGAAUCCCCUCUAACACGUUAGUAAACUCAUACCCUAUACUGAGCUCCUCACUGUCAUCGUCAAUGAUGAUGUGCCAUCGACAUCAUAUGGUAGACUGUCAUUGCCAGACGUAUUUUCUGCCGAUCAACAGCAUGUUCAACGGACUGAUUUUGUCCUUGAAUAAUCUCUUACUAGGAACAGCCCUUAUUCCCAUGACAGAACAAAAGCAAGAAUUGUUUCUGGACGUAGAUUGA